AUUUUUUUAUUCCGCAGUUUAUAGAGACACUUCUGGGGAAGCCCAUUCUAGAAAUCGAAGAGGAAUUCUUGAAUUGGCCGGAGCCAUUAGAUGUACUACAGGACGAUCUCCUUUUGCCUACCUACGUUAUGGAUGCUACUGUGGUCUGGGAGGAAGAGGAUGGCCCAAGGACAGAGUAGACUGGUGCUGCUUUCACCAUGACUGCUGCUAUGGUAAGGCAGAACAAGCAGGUUGUCACCCUAAGGUAGAAAGUUACCACUGGGAAUGUGAAGACAAUACUGCUGUGUGUGAAUCUCUAGAAGACAAAUGUCAAAAAAUGGCAUGCGAAUGCGACCGUGAAGCUGCCAAAUGUUUUUCUAAAGCUCCCUAUCGUACAAAAUACCUUUUGUGGCCAGAUUUUAUGUGUGGUGAGAUUCAGCCUUUGUGUAGGUAUUAGAUAUAUAACAUCAGCCUCUAUGAAAAAUCUGUAUGUAUUUAAAUCUAAAAUGACUUUUUUUUUUUUUGUCACAGCAGUGACAACAAAUGAUUUUCCCCUUUCUUGAUCCU